GCCAAGCCGCGUGGCCGAGUGGAGACUAACCCAGCUGCAUGCGCCCCCACCCCCACCCCAGCUGCACCCCUAACUGCUUGGAGACUGACUGUGGGCACACUUGGGCUCCCCGCCGCGAGGCCGGACGCAGGAUUCCGGCCUUCUCCUGCCUGAGGCUUCUUGCUCCUCCCUGGGCCCUGACUCUCAAUCUGCUGGAGCUCCAGAGGCCCUGUGGUCAUCUUGCACAGCCUCAAAGACAACUGCAGAGGCACCCUGUGUGGCUUGGUCCUUGUCCCUUUGCCCAGGCCUGUCUGCCUAAGAAGCACAAAGUGAAGCUCUUCUUGGGAAAGGCAGGGUCUGCGUGGUGGCCUACCUUGGACUGUUCAUGCUUUGUGUCUCAUAUCAAGUUGAUGAGAGGACAUGUGUCCAGUUCUUGAUGAAAGUGCUCUACUUCCUGCUGAGUGCCCUGGGCCUGAUGGUCUGCAUGCUGGCCGUGGCAUUUGCCGCCCACCACUGUUCCCUGCUUGCACAGUUUACCUGUGAGACCUCCCUCGAUUCUUGCCUGUGCAAACUGCCUUCCUCGGAGCCUCUCAGCAGGACCUUUGUUUACCGGGAUGUGGCUGACUGUACCAGCAUCACUGGCACUUUCAAAUUGUUCUUAAUUAUCCAGAUGGUUCUAAACCUGGUCUGUGGCCUUGUGUGCUUGCUGGCUUGCUUUGUGAUGUGGAAACACAGGUACCAGGUCUUUUAUGUGGGUAUUGGGCUACGCUCCCUGAUGACUUCUGAUGGACAACAACAAAAGACCUAACAGCUUGACUCGGGCGUAGAGGCAGAAACAGAACCCUGGUUAGCCAAGGUGAAAAACACAAUUUUUUUAAAGGCAAACUUUUGACAACAAAUGCUUAUUCAUUCUCUAAGUGAAUAUUUUUAGAUUUUUCAGAAAACAAAAGAACUUUUUGUAGAUAUCUAUUGUACAUUUUAAAAAAUUCUUGGGAGGUCAGAGAUGGAGAAAUGGCUCACAAGCCCUCUUGCAGAGGACCGAGUUCAAGUUCAGUUCCAGAACCCAAGUUGGGUGACUCACAACUACCUGUACCCCCAGCUCCAGGGGCAUUGGGUGCCCACACAUAUGCACACACAUGUACAUAAUUUAACAAAACAAAAACUUUUAAAGUUUUUAUGAGAAAUAAGAUUCAAAUUGAUUUCACAAACUCUAAAUGGAAAAGGAAUAACAGACGAGGAAUGAAUGACCUAGAUCAAUUGCUUUCUGGUGCUUACUCCUAAUGCUCUUUCAUCUAUGACUUACACAACCUCCUUUCCUGUCCAUCCAGGAUGAUGGUGUGAACUGGCAUCUGAGGCCACCUCCUAGCCUCCAGAUUCUUCUAGUUCCUUCUACCACCUGCCGUUAUCCACCCUGGUGUCUUGGAGGAGAAUGGUAGAGUCUGGGAAAGAUGAAUCUCUGUGUUGAAUGCUUUAACUUAUCACAGUAGAGAUGUCUUUAAGGCAUGAAGUAGCUUUAAAAAAACCUAGUAGAACAGGAAGGCCGAGUAGUUAUAAACGCCUGGGUGGGGUGCAGCCUUCUGGCUGCCUUAACCCCAUUCCAUGAGUGGACUGCAGCCUCCCUCCGUGAUGGUCUGCAGCCUCCAUGAUUGCCCGCUUCACAUAAUUGAAUGGUAGUGCCGUUGCAUUCUUAACGAUGUAGAAAGUUUAAAAAUAAUUACAUUAUGCCUCUAGUCUAUCAUCUAAAACAAAUCAUUAAGACUAAUUUCCAGCUAAUUGUUCAUUAUAAUUAUGCUGUUUAAUGAGCUCUGGCUGUCCUUAGGCAGUGCUGUUGGUGUUGAGAAAAAUUAUAACCACAAGGGAAGAUGUCUGAAGAUCCAUUCUCCUGGAAGCCAACCACUACAAAAAAGAACAUGUAAAACACUAACACUCAGGUUUAAAACACUCUUAGAGAAAAAACAAGAGCAUUUGUCAUAGGAAGCGAAGCACUUACACUAAUAGCAUAAUUGUGAUGUGUGAUGUGUUGAAGAGUAUCUCUCUUGACAAGCAGGUACCUUUGAUGGUGAUUGGGUACCACUGUUGAGUCCUGUCGUAAACUUGGGCUUUUUAUAAAAUCCUAUUAAUGAUGACUUUUACAGUUGACCUAGAGACAGAUGUCUCAAUGCCAUCAUUUGGAUGAUAUGUCCACAGUUAGAGGGUCGAUUUAGUUUGUUAUCAGUUUAGAUUUGACACAGGUACUUUGUUAGGAUAGACUUUGCUGCGUUACUGUUAUUACUAAAUUCAGAAGAGCAUCUGUGCAUUGAGGAAGGUGCUCACUUGGGAAAUCCACACCGUGUAAAGACCACCAUGAAUGUCUCUCCUAGUUGGUGUUUUCAAAAGUAGAAGUUCCAGGUCAUGGUUCAGCCAGGUUUGCUCUCUACCGUGGCUGUCCAUACACUUUCCUAGUCCCUAGUCCUAUGGGAACAUGUGUUCUCCUUGAGAGUCGGUGGAGAGUUCCAUGAUGGUGACAGUGGAAUCAGUCUGUGUGACACACACAUCCCAACUAAAGGAACGUAUUAGGCUGGUCAGCUGGAGGACUGGCCAUUGUAGUUCACUCCAGGUAAAACUCAUUGUGUUCUGCCUUGCCCUGAGUCUGCCCCUCUUGCCUGCUAGCUCAGAUCAGGAAGGCCCAUCAGAGUGUCUGGUGGAUAAAAUCCCACCAAAGGUCUGAUCUCAGCUGUGCACAACCCUAAGCCUCCAGAUACUGACCUGAAAAACCUUCCGUGUUUGUUAAGAAUAACCAACUCUGGGCUAGGGAAAUGGCUCAGUUAGCCAAGUGUUUGCCACCCCAGUAAGAACUUGAUCCUUAGAACCCAGGUAAAAAGGCCAGGCAUAGUGAUAUGUGCUUGUAAUCCUGGCACUGAGGAUGUAGAGACAGGUAGAUCCCUGGGACUCCUGGACCAGCCAGCUUUAUUAAGAUCGAAUUUUAGGUCUCUGGUGAGAGAGUUUGUCUCAGGGAACAAAAACCGAAGAAACAAAAAAGAAACCAGAGUGGACCGCUGACCUCUGGCCUCCACAUAGAUCACACACACACACACAGUUGCACCUGCACACUCUGAGGAAUAACCAAAUUCACAUUGACUUAUGAUAGUUUUCUGUAGAAAUAGCAAAAGGAUUGGGAAUGGGGAUGUCACAGGCUGUCCUUUCAAAGGGAGGUUGUUUUCAAGUCAGUGGCUGUGCAUUGGGUACCGCUAGAGGCACCCAGAACAACAGAACACUUUCCACGACUUUGACCAGCACAAUCAAAAGGGUUUUGUGCGUGUGAGAGAAAAUCAAGAUUCCCUACACAAUUAGGUUGCUCUGUGCUUUACAAACAACUCAUGGGGCAUUUUAAAGGGUACAAUAAUUUUAGCCUGCAGGUUUCUUGUUUUCUAACACAAUCAAAAGUAGGCAUGGUUUAAGGUUAUAAUAUUUUGUCUGCAUAGAAUAGGGAUUUUACUAUUAUAUGAUCAAAUUAUUCUUAACUCCCCAAAGAGGAGGACAAAGUUGUAAGUGCAUAGAAGGAGCAAAACCAAACGAAGGGAUCCCGUUGCUAAAAGCUCACUGUAUACUGGUAUGUGUAAGAACUGUGCUGCAUGAAUAACAAAUGGCUUUGGGUUGGAUUUGAAGUAUUUUGACUUUAUGUUUUGCAAAUAUUGAAGCUGCACUAAGGACAACAGAGAAGGAGCAGGCACAGAGCUUCUCACUUAGCAGAAUGUUACACUUCAAAUCUGUCCAAGAGCCAGGAUGGUGACUGUGCCUUCCAAACCCCAAAACAGCAAGAUUUGCACAGCCCCCCUCCCAAGCCUCCUUCAGGAGAAUUAAAUGAAGCAAGAUUUUGCAGAGAAAAGAAGCAGCCAGGACUUGGCAGUACUUGGAAUAGGAAUACGACAGUCUGAAUGUACAGACUGUAACCGAGCCCACUCAAUGGGUCUGCGCCUUCACGUGACCAUCAUCUGUGGCUCCCAAGCUCCAUCCAAAUUGGUGUAGGCAGCACCUUGGAGCCAUGCCUAAACCAUAGCUACUCCAAAGCCCUAGAAACUGCAGUCAAGUGGCAGGUCUCACAUUGCUCCUUCUUUGGAUUGAAAGCUUAGAUGUUCUUUUCUGAGUGCCUUCCAGUGUGUUCCCACAGCAAAAUUCCGUUCUGUAUAUGUUUUGUAUCCAUGUCCAAGGUGGUUUCCUGAUACUCUUUCGCUUGCCUUCUAUGUGCAGCAUGCUCUUCUUUUCUGAGACUGUGGUAGAGACUGGAGAAAAGCUGCCCGGGGGGGGCGGGGGGGGGGGGGGGGGGGGGGGGGGGGGUAUUAGGGAGCAGCUGAGGAGCGGUUACCGAAAGACCAUCAGAAAUGAACUCGAAAGCUGUUCAUCAUUUGCAAACAUGAACUGUGUCCUGGUAUUUCCUGGUGACUGUCUCUGAAUCCUUGCUGCAUGAUCACAUUUGUAUAAAUAUGCCACUGGAUUUUUACUCCAGUUAAAAAACUCACAAUGUGCUUUAGCAGUACAGUGUAAAUUCUGUCUGUCUGAUGGCCAAAUGCUUAGUGGUCAAGCCACUGAAAUGAAUUCGUGUCUUCUAAUUUUCUUAUCUCAAAUGAGCACUGUCCCUUUCAGAACUGUGGCUCUGUGUUCUGGUGUUGCAGUUUCCUUUCCUGGCCUUGAUCAAAUCAAGAGAAGAAGAUGAAGUGUUUCUAUACAUUUGAGGUGGUUGUUUUUAAAGGGAGGUUGUGUGUUUCCAUUAUUAAUAAACUUCUCAUAAUCCACAAA